CGCAGAAACGAUUCACCGAUCUCACUACAGACAGUCCGUAGUCACGAGAGAUGUUGUUCAAGUUGCGAGAAUUCUUCGCAGUGCUAUGGGACAAAGCGAGAAUGUGGUAGCUGGGGAUGAUCAUACUGAUGACAAUCAAAAUUUUGAAGUUCGAACAAGCGAAGAAAAGCAAAAUAAAAAUACCAAUGCAAAUACAGAAUUGUUAGCUGUAGAAGCCGUUAAGAGUAACAAGAAAAAAAAGUACUCGUGCCUGAUUCUGAAUCCGGCAGCAGUGAUGAGUAUGAGCCCAAUGAAGAGACCGAAAAUGAUGAUGAUUGUGACGAGGAUGACAUUGAGGAGGAUGAGCCAGCGCCGAAACGAAGAAAAAAAAACCAAUUCGACCAAAAACAAAUCCUCCACCAGCAGGGUUGAUCUAUCAAAAAAAAGGAAAUUGCGAUGGACUCCGGAAGAAAAAGUUGCUGCUGCGACUGCUUUUGAGAACGGAAUAAAAAAUGGCAAACUGCCUAGCACGGCCGCAAUGAAAAAAUUUCUUAAAGACAACCCGCAAGUACACCGAACAGUUGCUCAAAUUCGCACGUGGGCUUCAAACGAAAAAAAAAAAUAUCAACGUGGAUAAGUACACGUUAACCUGAACGAUAUCGACGCACUCUAUUUUUGUGGUUAUUGAGAUCAGUCCAAUAGGCUUGGUGUAAACUCCUUACACAUACCAGUGAUUUUCGUUUACAUUCCUAGAGUAUAUGCUCUAUACUACGCAAGGUGCUCUAAAAUAUUUCAUGCUAGACAAUGUUAAGCCCUUUUUAAAUCCGAAAAUCUAACAAAAUAAUAUUCGGAGAGGAAGAGACUGAAAGAUACUUAACAGUUAACAGUCAUUAUUUACAUAAUAUUCCGUUGAUUACAUAAACUAUCCUUUGAAACGAGAGAGUCAGCCAUCUAUCUUGUGAUGUAAAAUGAGGCAAUGAAAUUGUCAUCGAAGUUCAAAGUAUUCAAAAUUAAAUUUUGGAAAGUAUUUCUAGCUAGUAAGAUUUUUGUAAUCAAAUGAAAGAAUAUUGAACGGUAUUUGAUACGAAGAGCUAUUACAUUUAGAUUCAUUUGAUGAAUAUUAUUGUUUCCGAAAAGAUUUUAUUUUAUGUUCAGAAUUUAUUUGGCAUUUGAGAUUUUCCGACGUUCAAAAAUUUUUGAAUGUUGGGAUAUAGGUGAUAAAUCGCUGGCUAUUUGAGCAUUUACUUACUGUGAUUUACUUUUCUUUAUCAUACAUAAUUUUAAGAUAAUUCUUAAUGCAGAUUUAUAAGACAAUGUGAUACAUCGAAUCCCUAAAUAGUGGAAAAAUUUUUGAAAGUAUUUCUGAGUAA